CCAACCGGUGUGUGACGCUGUUUGGGAGGCUGGGAUGGUGCCCCUUACCUGAUAGAGUUAAUCUUGCUGGAAUAGCUCUUCCCUUCUGGGGUAUAGAGCCGGUGAAUGGGAGAGACUUCUAGAAGUGAAGAAGUGAUGCUUGAAGCAUUCUGUUAUGGACUGUAAUUUUUCUCACCCAAGGAGUUCAGGACUUAGAGCAUGUCUCCAGAGUUGUUUCCAGGCCUGUCAGCAGGACACAGCCAACUCUUGCUUUUGGCUUCUUUGUUCAAGGGUAUUAAGUGGCCUGUGACUGUUGCAGUGGGGGUACAGGGCAAGGAGAGAUGUUGGUAACCUUCAGAGCACACCUUCCGAUCUGCCCCCUAUUUCUGCUACUCAGUGGCGUGGGGAUAUACAAAGGUAUGGCUGUCAGCAGCCUAAGGAAAACAUUUGGAACAGCCACCAUAGAAUGAAGUGAGAUUUUCCUUCUUUGCUGAAACAUUAUAGAAUUUAAUUUAUGGAAAAAUGUUUCAAUGCAUUGUUUCUAAAGCAGAACAAAUAGAAAAUGUGAACGCCACAAUUUACCUAGCUUAAUUGACAUAUAGAACACGGCACUCUUAAUCAGAAGUAUACAUGUUCUUUUUUAAAAAAUAUAUUUUUAUUUCACAGGCACAGAAGCAGCGAGAUGUAUCAUCCAUUCACUGGUUCACUUCUCAGAUGCCUGCAACAGCCCAGACUGGGCCCCCAUUGUGAAUACCAGAACCUAAAUAUUUUAGCCAUCAUCUGCUGCCUUCCAAGGAAGCUGGAAAUUGAAGUGGAGCCAUGACUCCAGUGUGGGAGGCAGGUGUCCCAAGUAGUGUCUUAACCACUGUGCCAAAUGCCCCUACGUGCUCUUUUUAAUUGCAUCUGAAAACAUUUACCAGAAAUGAUUCAUCAAGCAAGCCUCAGUAUUUUUCAGAAAAAAAUUAGUAGAGUGUUCUCUGACUGUAGUGGGAUUAAGCAAGGAAAAGGAAAAUUAAUUGAAAAGUCCCUAAUUGUUCAGGCAUUAAGAAUUGUAGAUAACUCAUGGGUCAAACAAGAAGUCACAAAGGAAAUUGGAAAAUGUUUUGAAUUGGUUGAUAGUGAAGAUACAACAUGUAAAAACCUAUGGUAUACAGCUGAAGUGCUUUUUAAAAUAUAUAUGUAUGUAUAUACAUAUAUUUUUGUGUGUGUGUAUACAUAUAUUUGAAAGGCAUAGUCACAGAGAGAGAGAUCUUCCAUUAGCUGGUUUGCUCCCCAAAUGGCCACAAUGGUUAGGAAUGGGCCAAACCAAAGCUAGGAGCCUCUUCAAGUUUCCCAUGUGGGCCUUCACUGCUUUCCCAGGCAUAUUAGCAGGGAGCUGGAUUGGAAGUGGGGCAUCUAGGACUCCAACCAGUGCCCAUAUGGGAUGCCAGGAUCACAGGUGGUGGCUUUACCUGCCACGCUACAAUGCUGACCCCCAGUAAAGUGUUUUAAAAACAAACAGGGUUGACAUUUAGCCUAGCUGUUAAGAUACCCACAUUCUCUAAAUGGUACUUGGGUUCAGUACCUGACUCCAGCUUCCUGCAAGUGCAGACACUGGAGGCAAUAGUAAAGUAUCAAGUAAUUGGAUUACUGCCAUUCAUAUGGAAGACCUGAACCAAACUCCAGCCAGCCCCUGGCUUUGACCUGGCCCAGUCCCAGCUAUCAUGGGCAUUUGGGGAGCGAACCAGUGGGUGGGAACUGUGUUAUCUGUCUAUGCCCCUCAUGUGAAUAAAUUCUAGGAACUAGGUAACUUUAAAAUCUGCACAUUAAAAAAGAAAGGCUAAAUGUAAUCUUUGUCAUGUCAGAAAUAUUCAAAAAUACAAGAAAAACAUUUUCAAAAAUUAGGAAACAAAUGUACUAUAAAAUCAAUAAAAGGAAGUCAGUUCCUUGAAAACAAAAUUGGGAGCUGGCAGUGUGGCAUAGCAGGUAAAGCUGCCAUCUGCAGUGCUGGCAUCCCAUAUGGGCAUCAGUUCAGGUCCUGGCUGCUCUACUUCCAAUCCAGCUCUCUGCUAUGGCCUGGGAAAGCAGUACAAGAUUGUCCAAGUCCUUGGGCCCCUGCACCCACAUGGGAGACCCAAAAGAAGCUCCUGGCUUCAGAUGAACGCAGCUCCAGCCAUUGUGGCCAUUUGGGGAGUGAACCAGCAGAUGGAAGACCUUUCUUUCUCUGCCUAUCAAAAAAAAUUGAGAGCAGGUGCCACAGCUCACUUGGCUAAUCCUCCACCUGCAGUGCCGGCACCCCGGGUUCUAGUCCCAGUUGGGGCACUGGAUUCUGUCCCAGUAGCUCCUUUUCCAGUCCACCUCUGCUGUGGCCUGGGAAGGCAGUGGAGGAUGGCCCAAGUGCUUAGGCCCUGCACCCACAUAGGAGACCAGGAGGAAGCACCUGGCUCCUGCCUUCGGAUCAGCACAGCGCGCCAGAUGUAGCGGCCAUUUGGGGGGUGAACCAACGGAAGGAAGACCUUUUUCUCUGUCUCUCUCACUGUCUAACUCUGCCUGUCCAAAAAAAAAAAAUUGAUACCCUCUUAGCAAACUGAUCAGAAAAAAUAAAAAAACAGUAUAAGUAGAGAAAAGUACAUUACUCCUGACUUAGAGUCAUCAAUCUUAUAGAAACUUCCAGAUAAUAAAAAGGGGAAUGAAUCCCACCUAAUUCACUUUGGAAGUUGUAGAACCCAGCCGCUAAAACCUGGCAAGAACAUCACCAGGAAGAAACACCAUUUUCUUCCAUGAAAUCAUGGAAAUUCCCAGACAAAAUAAGCACAAGAUUGAUUCAUGAGAACCAGUCAAUGCAUUUCACAUAAAAGUCACACAGCUUAGAUAUUUUUAAAAGAAGAUCAGGAAUAAAACAUUCUUAAUAUGAUCUAAAAAUAUGAACAUAAACCCUACAGUAAACCUCCCAAAUAUUGGAGUCAUUCUUAAAAUGAGGACUGAGACAGGAUGUUCAUUAUCACCUCCACUUACAGGUGGCCAGGGUGAUCGAAACAAAAGUUACAAAGGGGAAAACUUGCUGACAACAUAGUCUGUCUACAUAGAUGAGCCAAAAGAACCUACUCUUAGAAUUAUUGAGUGAAUUUAGCAAGGUCACAGAAUAAAGAGUAAAAAUUUAAAAAUUACAUGUUUAUCCAAUAUAUAAAAUAGCAUAAGAAAUCAGGGACUAGAAACCUGAAAAGGUGUGCAGAACAAAACCUUUAUAUUGAAAAACGUUUUUGAGAGACAUAAAUGGAGGGAUACUAUCUUCGUGGGUCUUACCUUCUUGUUCUCUGGGGGUUUUUUAAUGCUUCCUUGUUGCCUACCUCCUCUUAAUAAGUUAGGUAGCGUAACUGGGACUCUCUUAAUUUUUGCUAGAUUAGAAGAAUGGCUAUGUACUAUCUGUUUAUUUUCACUUUGCUUGAGAGACAGAUCUCCAUGCCAAUUUACUCCCCAAAUGCUCACAACAGGGCUGGGCCGGGCCAAAGCCAGGAGCGCAAAACUCAAUCCAGGUCUCCUACAUGGGUGGCAAGGAUUCAGGUACGUGAGCUGUGACUGCUGCCUCACAGGAUACACACUGGCAAGAAGCUGAGUUGGAAGCAUAGCAGGAACUUGAACCAGGCACUUUGAUAUACGAUGUUCCAGAGUCCCAAGUGGCUUUUAACCUCAGAGCCAGACACUGUCUGCCCGUCUUAGCUCUUGGUGUUAAAUAUCCUGCCUUAAUUGUACAUGUGGCCUCAUAUUCAUGAAUUUUUAGAAAAAUACUUAUUUGAAAGGCUGCCAGAGGGAGAGGAAGAGACAGUGCUACUUACUGAUUCCCUGAAUGAUCAGAAUAGCCAGGUGUGGGCCAGGUUCAACUCCAUCCUGAUCUUCCACUUGGGCAGCAGGCUCCCAGGUGUUGGAGCCAUUCUCUGCUGUCUUCAGGGCUUUAGUAGGGAACUGUGCUAGAAAUGGAGCAGCAGGGCCGGCGCUGUGGGCCAGUGGGCUGAAGCUCCAGCCUGCAGCACCGGCAUGCUAUGUGGAUGCUGGUUCUAGUCCUGGCUGCUCUGCUUCUAAUCCAGUUCCUUGCUAACCUGCCUGGGAAAGCAGCGUAGGAUGGCGCAAGUCCUCAGGCCCCUGCACCCAUGUGGGAGCUAUGGAUCAGUUCAGCUGUGGCUGUUGCAGUCUCUUGGGAAGUGAAUCAGCAGGUGGAAGACCUCUCUCUACCUCUCUGUAACCCUGUCUUUCAAAUACCUAAAAUCUUUUAAGAGAAAAAGGAGCAUCUGAGACUUGAACUGGCAUUCCUUAUAAGGGGUGCUGAGAUUGCAGUUGGUGACUUAGCCUGCUGCACCACAGACCUGCCCCUUCAUACUCAAGAUUUUUAGAAUCCAAUAUUGAGUUGCCUUCUUGACCAUCAGGAAGAUGAGCAUUAUUUCAGAAAUUGGAGUCGUUGACUGAAGAGGUUGGGGAACUGGUCUCAGGUUUCUCAGCCUGACCAUCUCAAGAAGCAGAGACUUCAGUGCAAUGGCCUUGGCCCUGGGCGGCAGGAGGAGUGCUGGGUUUAGGUCUCCCACUUUGCUAGCUGCCGCUUCGUUUCAGUGUGGGGCUUCUAGACUAUCUGGGCACAGUUCCCAGAAAGUCGUUCUGCUGCUGCUGCCCUGAUCCGGUUUCUGAAUCUCUUAAUAAUAGACAACAGUGGGGGAAGGGCCAGGAUUGGGACAGAAAUAGGAAUUACCAAACCACACGGACAGUUCCUGUGCCUGGGGCCCUGUCUGUGCCUUCCCUGAAUCUAAUCGGAGUUCUGCAAGCCUUCUAAGGACGCGCCUUCUAAGCGCUCUUUGGGGCUUGUUAAGGUCGCCAAGUCCCUGCCCCCAAACUCAGAAUACAUGGGCCAGGGAACACUGAUGUGUUUAUGAGAACAGUGAAGCAGAAUAUUUGAGAUCUGGACUCUCCCAGAAACUCCAGGAUGAGUGAUAAUACCCCUUAGAGAUCACCCAGAAGGGAAGCAUUGGCUGGUGCAAAUAGUGACCUGAAAACAGGCAAAUGAUAUACAAUCAUGGAGUGCAGAAGAGGAGUGGAAUUUGGUCGACCUGGAGAAAAUGGGGAGAUGCUGAUGUUGGGAAAAUGGGAGAACAAGACAAGCAUGUGAGAUGGCGUCGAAAUCAAAUUUGAAAUUGGCACAGUUUACUCUUCGAUGCGCCUUAAUCUCCCUGUUCCCCGUGAGUGGCCUUCCUUUCAAGGCUCCCCACCCCUUGUACUUGUUUUCCGCUGUCAGAACCUGCUCUCAGGGUAUGCUCAGUGCAGACUAGGUAGAAAUGAUUUAAAACCAUUAAGGCCUCAAGAAUUACCAGUUGGAAAAAUGUGAAACCCUUUUAUUAUAAAAUACAACAGAUACAGAAGCCUACAUAAAGAGAAGAUGUAGCCUUUCAUGGCCACUCAGACUCAAAAAAGAAAGCAUGCAACUUAGUUUUUGUGAAGACCCUGUUAGCCCUCAGGACUAGAAACAACAUGGCUAGCCACUCCAGAAGCAAGCUGCGUGCCCCAGCCCAUCACAACUUCCUGUUACCGGAAAUAACCACCCAUCCAGAUUUUUAUGGUCAUCACUUAGAAGGGGUUUAUUUUAAUGGAACAAAAGAUUUAGCUGUAAGUAAUCACUAAUGGUGAAACACUGGGUCAUUGAGGGGGCAUUUGGAGGAGCUGGUAGAGGCAGCCAGAUCUCUACACUUAAAUCAUGCAGUUUCACACAGUUGGUUGCCUCUGCCUAGGGUUAAGGUACACCUCACUGGAAAAGGAUCCCACAGAAGACCAAGUACAGGAUUGUGCCCUGUGCCCUCAGCUGUCUUACUCGUCCCGAUGCAGAAAGAGCCAUAUCCUACAGUCUUCCCAAAGCAGAACAAGAGUAAGGUCCGCCUCACAGUGUGUGGGAGUUGUGAGCAGCCGGCCGUCUGCUGCAGUGCCCACCAGUGAGCCCAGGACUUUGCCUGAAUUUGAGGGGCUCAGAUCCUCACUGUGAGGGAGAGUCUAAUAAAGCCUUUCCCAGUCCCUAAUCCCUCUCCCCAUUUGGUCCCCUUUGCUCAGUCUUCGCUUCCGUCUCAGCUGUCUGUUUUCCCGGUAGGCAGCACAUGACCUGUGUAGCCAAGCGAGUGUCUUUCCAGCCUGUUGGUGCUGCUCUGUGCUGCAGACUCUCACACUAGGAGUCUGCUUCAUCUCUCCACGCCUUUGUAAACAUGCACGUAUGUCCUAGCCCUGAGGAAGCGCUUGUCAAGAGAAUGCAUGUGAAGAAAGAGCAGGGCAAGCACUUGGCUUCGCAGCUCUGCCACCGGUUGGGAUGCCCGUGUCCCACAUCAGAGUGCCUGGGUUUGAUACCUGUUUCCAGUUCCUGAGCCCACGUUCCUGCUCAUGCAAACACCAGGAGACAUGGGUGAUGGUUCGAGUAGUUUGGGUCCAUGCCACCAACAAGGGCAACCCGGCAUGAGUUUCCAGCUCCUGGCUUCAGCCAAGCCCACCCUGGCCGUUGCAAGCAUUUAGGGAGAGAACCAGCAGAUGAGAGGUCUCUCUCUGUCUUGCUCUUGCUAUCUCAAAAAUUUUUACAAAAAGAAAUGACUUGUUUCACACAUUCACACAUGCUUUCCUUCACUAUUUAGCGAGUGCCUAAAAUAGAUAGCACUGGUCCCGCUACACCUUCAGGUCAUCAUUUCCUCUCCUCCCUUUCUCCCCAUCUUCCCGCUUUGCCAUCCUUUCAUUCGUCCUUCCACUGUGUCACAGAGCUAGGCUCCGAGGCGGAGACCCAGGAGCAAGCCGGUGGAAAUAGACACUGUGGAAAGGAGCCAGCUAAAAUGAGGGCAGAGACAGCUACCGCGUGCAGAGCCUGAGCAGAGUGAGAAGCAGUGAUUCCAGCAGUUCUGCUACUCAAGACACUGCGGGAUUGGGGUCAUCGAAGGGGGGACCGCCAAGAGGAAGGGCAGCCUGGAUGCAUGCUGGCCAACCCGUCAAGACAUUCUGUCUCCCUAAUCCUCUGCUCACCCCACCCCACCCCCUGCCUCCCACUGACCAGUGUCCUGGGCCUUUAAGAGUUGGAUGGGCUGGACUGAGGAGAGCGCUCACACUUCUCCCCACCCUAGCUCUUGCCUUCGCUCUAACUGCCAGUCAGCAGCACACUGCAGGGGAAGGGGAGAGAAGCAGGCGACUGCACAGGAGAAAAGGCACACAGGAACCAGGCUGGGCUUCCUCACCCCGCAGCGGACAGCACCGCAGAGCUCACUCAGGAGGCCUGGCUCUCACACACGGGACUGCUCACCUGCCCACGAUUCCAGAAGAGGCCGAGGAAUCCUUAUUGUUAAGACACUCUCCAGGGGUCAUUGAAGUUGCCAGGAACUUCUGGACUAGGUGCACUAAACAGAAGAGCCUCCAAACUGACGUUCUGGGAGCUGUGACCUGACACCAGAGCCAUUCUGUCCUUUUAUAUGAGCCAGGUGACUCUGGCAGCAGCUGGUGGAGCACUGGGUGAUGUUGUCCAUGCUGCAAGACCGGCUGUGCACCGAUCAGGACCUGCUGAUGAUGCAGGAGGGCACGACGAUGCGCAAGGUGAGGUCCAAAUCCUGGAAGAAGCUGAGACACUUCAGACUCCAGAAUGACGGCAUGACAGUCUGGCACAUGCGGCAGCCCGGUGGCAGCGCUAAACCCAGCUUUUCCAUCUCUGAUGUGGAGACGGUGCGGAAGGGCCACGACUCUGAGUUGCUGCGCAGCCUGGCAGAGGACUUUCCGCUGGAGCAGGGCUUCACCGUCGUCUUCCAUGGUCGUCGCUCCAACCUGGACGUGGUGGCCAGCAGUGCUGAGGAGGCCCAGGUGUGGAUGCAAGGGCUUCAGCUGUUGGUGGACCUCGUCACCAGCAUGGACCAACAGGAGCGACUGGACCAAUGGCUGAGUGAUUGGUUCCAGCGUGGAGACAAAAACCAGGACGGGAGAAUGAGUUUCCAAGAAGUUCAGCGGUUACUGCACCUGAUGAACGUGGAGAUGGACCAAGACUAUGCCUUCAGUCUUUUUCAGGCGGCGGACACAUCUCAGUCUGGGACUCUGGAAGGAGAAGAGUUUGUGCAGUUCUAUAAGGCCUUGACCAAGCGUACUGAAGUGCAGGAACUGUUUGAAAACUUUUCAGCUGACGGGCAGAAGCUGACCCUGCUGGAAUUCGUGGAUUUCCUUCGAGAAGACCAGAAAGAAGUAGGCCACGCCCCCGACCUUGCCCUGGAACUCAUCGAUCGCUAUGAGCCUUCAGCCAGUGGCAAGCUGCGGCACGUGCUGAGCAUGGACGGCUUCCUCAACUACCUGUGCUCCAGGGAUGGGGCCAUCUUCAACCCAGACUGCCUCCCCAUCUACCAGGACAUGACCCGGCCCCUGAGCCACUACUUCAUCAACUCCUCCCACAACACCUACCUGGUGGGAGACCAGCUGUGCGGCCAGAGCAGCGUCGAGGGAUACAUCCGGGCCCUGAAGCGGGGCUGCCGCUGCGUGGAGGUGGAUGUGUGGGACGGACCCAACGGGGAGCCCAUCGUUUACCACGGACACACCCUGACCUCCCGCAUCUUGUUCAAGGACGUCCUGGCCGCAGUAGCACAGUACGCCUUCCAGACGUCCGACUACCCUGUCAUCUUGUCCCUGGAGAACCACUGCAGCUGGGAGCAGCAGCAGAGCAUGGCGCGCCACCUGACCGAAAUCCUGGGCGAGCAACUGCUCAGCACCGCCCUGGACACGCCGCUGCCCACUGAGCUGCCCUCGCCCGAGGACCUUCGAGGGAAGAUCCUGGUGAAGGGGAAGAAGUUGACACUGGAGGAGGAACUUGAGGACAAGGAAGAGGCAGAGAGUGUGCUGGAAACAGGGCAGGGGUCGGAGCUGGAGACCAACUGCCACUCUGAGAUUGAGCUGCCCCCCAAGAAGAACAGGAAGGGGAAGAAGGCUGCGCUGUGCCCGUCGUUUUGUCCUGCUGUCUGUUGUCAGAGUGAGGCGCAGGCUGCUGUUUGCGAUCCUGGGGCCCCUCCCGUGUCCGAGCAGAAAUCCAAGCCCAUCCUGUGUCCGGACCUGUCGGCCCUGGUUGUCUACUUGCAAUCCGUCUCCUUCCACAGCUUCACGCACUCCAAGGAGAACUACCACUUCUAUGAGAUGUCGUCCUUCUCGGAAAGCAAGGCCAGGAACCUCAUCAAGGACGCCGGCAAUGAGUUUGUGCAGCACAAUGCCUGGCAGUUAAGCCGUGUGUACCCCAGUGGCCUGAGGACGGACUCAUCCAACUACAACCCCCAGGAACUCUGGAACGCUGGCUGCCAGAUGGUGGCUAUGAACAUGCAGACUGCGGGGCUGGAAAUGGACAUCUGUGAUGGGCUCUUCCACCAGAACGGCGGCUGUGGCUACGUGCUGAAGCCCGAAUUCCUGCGUGAUACCCGGAGUUCCUUCCACCCAGAGAGGCCCAUCAGCCCACUCAAGGCCCAGACCCUCUUAGUCCAGGUGAUCAGUGGUCAGCAACUCCCUAAAGUGAAUGAGAACAAAGAGAAAUCCAUCGUGGAUCCACUGGUCAAAGUGGAGAUCUUUGGCGUCCGUGCAGAUACAACCCGGCAAGAGACCAGCUACGUGGAGAACAAUGGUUUCAAUCCUUACUGGGGGCAGACGCUGUGCUUCCGGGUCCUGGUGCCUGAACUCGCCAUGGUGCGUUUUGUGGUCAAGGAUUACAACUGGAAAUCCCGACACGACUUCAUUGGUCAGUACACCCUGCCCUGGACCUGCAUGCAGCAAGCCGUCCUCCUGGCCCUCCCCAGGCUACCGCCACAUACACCUGCUCUCCAGGGACGGCACCAGCCUCCACCCAGCGUCCAUCUUCGUCUACAUCUGCAUCCUGGAAGGCGUGGAAUCCUGAGCGGGACACGUCAUGGCCAGAGUGGGCGCACUCCCAGACCCGGAUCCAUGACGAAUCUCUGGUGCAAAGGCAGAUUGCAAGUAGAAAGCCAGGGAGGGGCCUGCGGCAGAGAGACCUGAAGACGCACUACCCGCUCCAGCCGACUUGCUCACAGCUCAGCGUCAAAGGCAAGACAGAUCAAGGCUGCAGUCUCCCCGAGCAGCCUGGAGGGGACUUCACCCCAGGGCUGUACCGUGACUCUCAGGAGUCCCCGCUGGACUGCUCCCCCUUAGCUCCACUGGUAUUAAUAAGAGCUUCUCUCUCCA